AUGCCGCACUUCGACCAGCUUGACCCUCCAAAGAAGGGCAAACCUAUCAGAUCAGCUUUCGAAAGCGAAAGCUUCGAUGCUGAUGGAACCAUCCAUGUCGCCGGACUCGUGGGAUCAGCGACGAUUGCACCUUCGGGCAGGGAUGUCGCCUUAGCAUCACCUGAAGGCUUGUCCAUCAUCGAUCUUGACUCACCGUACAAUCCCCCUCGCCGCCUCAGCAGCCACGGCUCACCAUGGCUCGUUACCGACGUUCAAUGGUCACCCUUCGCCGCUCGCGACUACUGGGUCGUCUCGACAGCUAACCAUCGCGCUCUCGUAUGGAAUCUCAACUUGAGGGACGACUCGGCAUCAGGCGCCAUAGAGCACUCUCUCCAAGGCCACAGCAGAGCCAUCACCGACAUCAAUUGGUCGGCGCACCAUCCAGAUCAGCUCGCGUCGUGCGCUGUCGACGGUUACGUACACUGUUGGGAUCUUAGACGCCCAAGACAACCUGUACUCACAUUUUGCGACUGGUUCGCCGGCGCCACCCAAGUUAAGUACAACCGCCAGGACCCGCACAUCCUGGCAUCGUCUCACGAUAGGUGGUUGCACAUCUGGGAUGAGCGACGCGCCUGCGAACCCCUGAAAUCUAUCAGUGCGCACACAUCAAAGAUUUACGGCAUCGACUGGAACCGAACCCGGUCUACGGGAAUCGUAACCUGCUCCUUGGACAAGCACAUCAAGUUUUGGGACUAUGGAAGCGAUCAAGAUGUUCCGGAACGCGUCAUUCGUACCGAGUUCCCGGUGUGGCGCGCUCGUCAUACCCCGUUUGGCCGGGGCCUCCUAGCUAUGCCUCAGAAUGAACCAGGCGAUCUGCAUUUGUACGACAGCCAAGCUGCCCCUAACGAACCCAAGGAGGGUCCAACAGGCCCUCUUGCCAUCUUCCAGGGACACGGCAACCACAAGGUCAAGGAGUUCUUGUGGAGGAGCAGAGGCAGCAUCGAUGAGGAGGGUUUGGAUAAUAGAGAAUUUCAGUUGGUCUCGUGGGGAGAAGACAAUGAGCUACGUCUCCAGCAUGUCGAACCGUCGAUCCUCGAGUCGGUGGGCUACCUCAAGGGGCAGCCGGCUAGUAAGAAUCUCGUUCUGACACGUAAGGGCGCCUCCUACAAAACGUUCCGAACGGUGGAGGACAGCGUGAGCCGAGACAGGAGGAGUGCCACGAUGAGCGAUCCCCGCACCGGUUCGCGGCAGAGCGCCUUGACUAUGGGUAUGCGCUCAGGGCCAACCACCUACACGAGACUGGGAGCUGCUUGGAAAGGUUCAUCCAUGAAAGCUAAGAGCAACUCUAAAGAGAUGGACCGCAGCCAAGCGCACAUAGGAUGGAUGAAGGGCAUCAUGAUGAACAAGAGAAAGGCGUCAACCGACAGCCCGCGAAGAGCAGACUCGAAGGACUCGACCAUGUUCAGCCCGGGAUAUAUGGACGACGAUAAAUGGGCCGACCCAGAGACCAUCCAAGAUGAGUUUCUGCGCAUCAGCACGCAGCUGCCAAAGGUGAAAUGGGAUAAAAUCGACAUGGACUCGCUGACUCUGCACGCCUCGCUGAACGGCCCAUGGGGGAAAAACGGAGACACCAUCUUUAUCAAGGUUAGGGUCGAUAUCCCUUCCAAUUACCCAAAGUACAAAGCCCCUCGCUUCUAUGUCGAGAAAACGAGCUUCAUGCCGGAGAGAACACACAGAAAGGUUGAGCAUGAGCUCCACGAGCUCUGUCAUCAAUUCUUGGAGCAGAAGCAAAACUGCUUAGAUGUGGCCUUCUCCUACCUUUUGGGCGAGAUUGACCUCGCAGCCAGUACCAACUUCUUUAAGAACGUCAAAGACCUAGACGAUCCGUUGGAUCUUGCUUCCGAGAGUUCAAGCGAAGACGAGAACGACAUACCCGCAGGUGGCUCAGCGUCAAUGUCACAGGAGUUGCCUCCGAAUGCAGAGGCCGACAGCACACUGGCCCCAAAUAACAGGCCUACGAUUCCCCCGUUGCCGCGGUUCUGUGGCGCCCGAUUUUCCAACGAUGGGCGACUGGUAUGCUUCUUUCCUACCAAGGAAGAGAAGGCAAAGGCCCUGUUGUUUGCGCCGAUCGAACCACUCCGCGAAAGACCUAGGGGGGAACCCGUGUUUGCUGGUUUCGGUCGCCUCGCUCACGACUCGCCUCCAGGGAAAAGAUAUGGGAAUGACGAGAUGUCAGCUACGGACGAUCAGUCUGAUUCUGAUGAGUCCGAUGGGUCGUCCUCAUCCAGUGAUUCAGAGUCCACGUCUAUCAACAAGAUGAGUCUGUGGUAUCAACCCCGCCAUCGAUUCCGAAGAACUUGGAGCGACAACCGCUCUGUUAGAUCGAGUGGCGGAGGCACAGGAGUCGGCACUGGAACUGGCACUGGGUCACUCAGGAGGCGACCCGCCAAGUCAAAGAACGUUGUCUCUCUUCAUGACAUAUCGGAUAUUCUCCCAGCGAAAAAGGAGUUCGCAAAGGAGUAUGCCAUCUUUGGUGAAGGCGCCCAGGUAUGCGAGCACAAUGCCCAAGUAGCCGAGAAGCACGGCUGCCAGGAUCUGGUGGAUGUCUGGCGCUAUCUUUCAUUGCUCCUACGGCGAGACAUCCCGUUGGAGCUGUUAAACUUGGACCAGCGCCAGGACGCGAUCCUGGUGAUUGCUCGAGACGCCAUUUCACGAUUCCGUGCCGAAGGUCUAUCCGAUAUCGAGCGGUCUACCAAGGACAUCGCCGACUUCAACGGCAGAGUCAAGUGGGGAAAUCAUCCGCUGGCAAAGGAUUUCAUCAAUGACUUGUUUGAGUACUUUGAGAAGACGGCAGACAUACAGAUGUUAGCCAUGCUCUCAUGCCUUUUCAGCGAGUCUUUCACGGAAGACAGCGUCGCGUAUGCCGAGUCUCAUCUCACGCAGCCGGAGACGCCACUGCCGAUGAAGGCACCAUCGUUUUCUCUCGACUACUUUCCUACCGACGCGUCGCUAUGGAAUCUCAACGCAGGAAGCCAGACCAACUCCGCCAUCACCACGCCGCGGACGCUGCACACCCCUAUCAGAUACUCUGGCUCUCAGGGAUCCGCCGAAGAAGCGCUAUGGACCGGGGACCCGGCGUCCAACUCUUAUUCAUGCGGCGAGACUCCCCCGGCUAAGGGCGUGAGGGAUUACCUCGGCCAUGAAGGCGACCAAACACCCAGUCUCUCCACGUCGCCCAGCGGUCGGGCUCUGUCGAGAGCCAACUCUGGCCUUACAUCAAGCUUCGCGAUCAACUUCCCGCGCCCCUUCAGCGGGGUCAACACGGGAACAGCAACGGCAGCUUCAUCGCCACCUAAUCAUGGACGGAAACGCCCGAGUCCAGCCGAUACGAUCCUUAGCACGCUCGCCCCCAGCGCCAUCAACAACGUAACAUGGGGACACUCGACGAUCGUGGGCGACUCGGGCACAACCCGCACAUCCCUCUCGGAUGACGAAGUCUACCGCGAAGAGUUCUUCUCGCUUGUACCCACACGCGUUUCCAUACACAUGGAAGACCAAACCAUCUUCGACGACGACGGCUGGAUGAACACGCCGCUGCUCGAGCCCAGCCGCAGCGACAUGUACGCUACCUAUCGCUACGUCUACGCGGAGAUCCUCCAGAUGUGGAACCAACCCCUAGCCCGGCUAGAGAUUAUGAAGUUCAACGUCCUCCAACAGCGAGAGAUACACGGCCUCGACGACUCCUUCCACGAGAUCCACAGCAUCGCAGAAACAUCAACCACGAUCCAACAACACCACCAACCCCAGCAGCAGCACCAAGUAUCACAAUCCCUUCCGACACACCCCAGCAACCACACCCACCAGCCCCAGCAUACCUCACAACCACAGACCACGUCUCCAAUCCUCCUCGGCAAGAAGGAACAGCUUCAAGCCCUCGUCGCGUCUGGCCGCGGCCUCGACGUAACGGGCGUCUGCCGCAUCCACGAGACCCAGCUCGAGCCGCUCAAGUACACCUCCGCCACGGCGACCCGUUUCGGCGGCGCGGUCGGCUCCUGCGACCGCUGCCGGCGCACCCAGACCCAGCUCCUCUGCGUGUACUGCCGCGAACCCGUCGACGCGCUCUAUCCGCCCUGUCUGGGCUGCGGCUGCGCCUCCCACGAGGCCUGCCUCGCCGAGUGGCACGCCGCGGGCGAGGUCCUCUGCCCCGCGGGCGACGAAUGCAACUGUGUCGAGGAGGCCUCCCACGGACAGGUCGAGAGCUGGGCCGCCAUGAUGGGCGCGCUGCGCAAGGCGCCGCCUCCAACCGCCGCCACCACCCCGGGCACGGCCACCUCGGCCGGCGCGUCGACGGCUACGCAGGGGAUCAUGGGCAAGGGGCUGAUGCUCCCGCCGCCGGCGAUCGAGGAGCCUGACGAGGAGGUGGAGAGGGACGACUGGGAGAGCGUGGCGAGCUCGGCGGGGAUCCCGAGCCGGAUGCAGGGCGGCGGCGCCGCGGUCAUGAGCGCCGCGCGGAUCAGUCUCGGGAACCGGCUGAAGAAGUCUGCGGGCGACUGGUCGCGGGCGUCGACGAACUUGAAUUUGAGGAGGAGGGGAGGGGGCGGGCCUGGUAACGGGGCUGCUGCUGCUGGGGGGAGCUGGAGGGGCGCGAGGUAA